AUGCGGCAGGCCGGCGUCGUCGCCGCCGGCACCCAGCCACGCGUCGCAUCUCCCCCGCCUCCUAGAAGCCACACCGGAGCCAUCCCCGCCGCCGGCCCGCCCAGGCCCAGAUGGGGCCCGAAGGGCCCAAAUCUAGGCCGAGCGGACGACGCCAGAUCCCGCCGCCGCGCCGCCCCGCCGCCCAGUUGCUCGCCUGCGUGCGCCACGGAGCCCGCCGCCACGCCAGAUCGCCGCCGCCUAGAUGCACCCCCCGGAGCAGCUCCGCCCGCACCAGAGAGCGACCGGGAGGGGAAGGGCCAGGAGGCCGCCACCACCAGUAGCCCCAGGGCCAAGCCGACCGCGGGCGCCGGCGACGGCGGCGAGGAGGAAGAAGGGAGGGGGGAGCCUGGAGGGAGGAGGCCCGACGCGCGGCCGGAGUGGAAGAACUGCCCUUCUGCUUGGCAGGGGCAGUAUAGGGGCCAUGUUAAAGCUUGCACCGUCAUAUUCGAGGUCGUGGCUUCACAAUAUCUAUGGAUUUGGGACUCUUUCUUUAGCAUGGCCGGAUCUCACAACGAUGUCAACGUGCUUCAACGCUCUUCGGUGUUUGCAAGGCUUGCAGAAGGCAACAGCUCGAAGGUCAAUGUUGAGAUUAAUGGCCACAACUACAACAAAUGA